UUAACCACUUCCCGUCCGGCCCAUGUACAUAAACUGCCGGAGGGGAGCGCUGCCAAUGUGGGUGGAUGUCCCCCCGCAUCUAUUGCCCGUGCACGCUCCCUGGGAGCGCAUGGCACCGAUCUGUGUGAGGUCCCGAUCUGUCACCCUAGCAGUACAGUGUCACCAUGGUAACACUGUACUACUUGUAGGGGGUGAUGAAGAUUUUUUUUUUUUUACACUGAUUGCUUUUACACCCAUAUAGGAUGUAAAAGCAAUAAUUUCUCUUUCUCUCUGUCUGCAUUCUUGCAGUCAUUGAGAAGUACUGAGUGAGCUGUGAUUGGUCACAGCUUGUCACAUGGUACAAGGCUGUUGUGAAUGGCCAUGUACCAUGUGACCUCUGUGAUCAUUCACAGAUUUCACACA